AAUGGUAAAAACUACAACGAUAACGUAAAAUCAGUUGCAGUGCGUAGGCGGUUGUCGUAGACGUCGUAGCCAAACACGUGCACGGCUAGUUCGUGUCCUAAAGCAGCAUCUAUAGCUGUAGCUUUUUGCUUUUGGUCAAAAGCCUUUUAUUGAAUCUUUUUGCUAUUGGUGAAAAACUACACACUGGUAUUACUACGAAUACUAUAAAUACUGCCGUUACUAUUAUAACGUAACAAAUAACAGUUGUAGUUAGCGUGAAGCAAAAACGAAAUGGAAACACAACUGCAAGAUAAUGUCGAGUCGCUGAUGAGCUUCGCUAAUUCUAAUUGAAGUUAAUAACUUCUGAAUUUCUCUACUAUAUGAGGGCUUUACGAAGGGUGUGGAACACACUGAAGUGCGUGUGCGUGUGUGUGUUAAAUCAUGGCAGUAAAUUUGGAAAGUUUUGAACUUGUACCAGGGCUCACGGAAUUGGCGGCAAUGAUUGUGGAAUGUCAAGUGGAACGAAAUAAAAAAAAACUGUUUUAAAAUUAUUAGUUUCUAAUGGAAAAUUUCAAAAACGGUUUGCAUUUAGUUACCGUUCCAAAACACCACGCGUUGGAAACUAAUUAAUAUGCGAGACUGAAUAUUGAAUAGUGUAACGAAAGUGAAUAUUUUUUGGUAUUUGCAAGUAAAUUGCAUGGAAAUUUCGACAAGCAGUUUGGAGCAUAUAAAAAUAAAAUGUCAAUUUACGUUAAGAACAGAAAUUUGAAUAAAACAAGUAAAAAGUAGCUGAGUUGUAACGCUGACAAUAAUUUAUGAUAAUAAUUAAAAUAUAUAUAGGUUAUUUAUAAAUAUACCGACAUAUAAACACAUUAAUAUGCACACAUAUAUGCUUGCAUAUAAUUGAGAAGUUAUUUUGGAGAUAUCAGUAUGUAUUAAUUCAAAGAAAUUCCCAAAAAUUUAGAUUGCAAAUUAAAUAAACGUUGCCUAAGUUAAAAGUAUAUGUUCCAUACAUUUUCGAUAAAGGGCGCAGGAAAGCGUCUGCGUGCGUAUGAUUUAAUGAAAAGUAACCAAAACUUUUCGAGCUAAAAGUACCACUUUGUGUAUAGAAAAGCAAACAGGCAGCCAAAAUCAACGAAACUUGUAAAAAGAAACAUAAUAUAUUUGUAAAGCACAAAAACAGAAACACACAGUGAAGCAUAAAUCAUAAAAAGGGAACAAUUCAAAUAAAUGUAAAAAGUAAUUACCGAUUUUCAAGUAUAAAGCAUGGCAAGUACUGCAUGGCUCCCACAGGUAUAUAAGUAAGUAAUUUAUGUUCCUAAGACUCAGUUUGAUAUUAAAAAAAACAACGUAAAAUUGAUGAAGAAAUAACUUUGAACCGAAAUGAACUUUGGCAGCAUUUGCAGGAGUGCAAGUAUUUGUCUUCAUAUUUGUGUGUUUAAGUAAUAAAAAUUGGUAUCCUCCCACAAACGAAAACGCCCGGCAGGAUAAAACGUUCCGACGCGCAUACAAUAACACAAACAAAAGCGCAUGCAAAUACAAGUUGAGAUAGCCUGCUGAAACUCCAUACCAGCAAUCAGCGCCAACGCCACACACAGCCAAAGUGACAAAAACUGACUGAAGUAUCCGAGCACGGGCCUUAAUACCCAGUGCACGCGCUGUGCCGGCAUAAAUACUUAAAGCCUCACCGACACGCACACGCAGCGACAUUGUGGCAGCAUCAGCGCUAAAAUUGUACAAACCAAUACUCUAACAGUGUGAACUUGUCGCGCUUUGCGAUAGUGUGCGCACCAAGCCACACACACACCGUAGUGUGUCAACAGCAACUGACAACAGACAAUCGACAACCGCCAACAACGAGCCUCAGUAGCUGCAGUAACCGACAGAACAGCCGCAGCAGCAGCUCCAGCAGUUCCAGCGCCGCAAAUAGCAUUAGAAGCCGAAGAUAAGAACGAAGAAAAGGCGAACGACGGCCACAGCAGAGCCGCGGAACACCGGAACAGCGAGUGCGCCGAGGGGCAGCAGCAGGAGUCGCACUGACGGUGCCGAAAUAAAACACGAACACAUAUUUUAAACAUUUUUGAUGACGAUUUGCAAAAACAUGAGCGCCACACUGUCAAUUAAUCAGAAGCAUUUGAGCGUCAACGAGAAUCAUUUUGGUGGCGUUGUAGAGCGAAAUCGUUCACGAUCGGAACGUGCCUCCAGCUUGGCACUGCCGCACAACUCUCUCUUGGAUUUUUAUGACAAAGAGCAGGAACAAUGCAGCUCGGUGGCUUUGUUGCCGACGACCGUCAAUGUAGUGGUGCGUCGGCAUUCGUCGCACUACUAUCCAAUGUUAGAGGAGAAACACACGCCGCCGUUGCAGCAACAACAGCAGCACCAACAACAACAAUCAUUAAAAACACAUUCACAAAUGCAAAUGCAGACAAGACAAUUAAAUGCGAUGACCGCAACUGGUGGCGCACUACCAACGCUGACCGUUGCCAUUCCCGAGUUGCCGCAAUACAAUUAUAAUCAUAAUAAAGCUGGUCAAUUGGCGAUGCAGGACAUGCAAUCGAUGUCAUCAUUGCCGCUUUCAAGCCUUGUGAAUGGCAAAGAGAAAAAAGUUUUCACAUACAAUACGGUGACCAACAGUGGCAACAGUGCCACCAAAAAUCAACCUAUGAACUUGCCGAACACAGCAGCCCACUCAAGUAUUGUACCGGAUACACCACCCCCACCCGUCCCGAAGCGAACAUUUCGUGGCAAUUACGCUUGGAACGCAGCAAUUGAUUCGCCCACGCCCACGUCCGCAAGUCAAACACCAACCAAAGAUAAACAACACAUCAGUGUUGGCACCGCUUUUGUUUAUCCACCGCAAACACAAACCCUUUCACCCGGACAUCGGCUACAUCAGCAACAGAGCAACACCGUUUAUUACAACUCGAACAUUGGUGGCGGAAACGUAGGCGUGGACCCGGCACAAAUACAAAGUCAAUUGCAAUCACAAACACAAUCCUUGCUUGUUGACCUGGCCACACGUCCGCUAUACGUGGAUUCAGGCCUAGAUGCUGGCGGUAUUUCAGAUGAUGAUCGAAUGAGCUUGGAAAAUUCUGUAUUUGACGAGUCGUUGACAUCGACACCUGUCAAGGUCACCACAAAGGCUGCGUCCGAAGGUACGGCAGGUGGUAAGUUACUAAAUGCUGCAUUCACAGCAAAGACAUUGGUAGCUUUUACGGGGGAAUUGAGUAACGCUGUAAAACGUGCAAAUCGCUCAUCCAGCAGUACGGCUGACUCUACCAUCACCCUCUCUUCUGGCUACGGUUCAGGUCAUAGUGAACGUUUCGCCUCCUCCUCGACAAGUGCGGACUUCCGCAGCCGUUUCUCAUCUGUUGAUACCCAAUCAUCAGUGGAUAGUUGUCCAACAGAGAAGACAAGUGAGUCCUCUGUAUCCAAAGAUUACCCUAAAAUGGAACAAGCAUUACUUAACGAUGCUAUGAACGAUUACAAUAAUUUAAAUAAUAAUGAAACUCGUAUUCAUGUGGGAUGUAAUAGUUUGGUUGGUAAUAAUAAUGCGCCCCCUAGUCGGCACUCUCCAAAUGCGAAUACUCAAAUGAACAACGGAUUGGUGCAGCAAAAACCGCCUAUAGUUCCAACACGAAAACAGUAUCCAGAUGUAGCAAAGAUUCCGCCACCCUGCAGUAAAAACAGUUCACAGCAGUCACUACAAAGCAGCGGUUGUGGCAGCGGCAGUGGUAGUGUGGGUAGUAGUAAUGCUGUCUCUACGGUAUCGGCUUCCACGUCCACCUCCUCUACGGUGUCUGCUGGUUCGGGUUCUUCUACGGGUUCGCUGCUGUCAGGAUCGGCCACUACAUCGAAUAAUGCCAUUUCACCGCUUACACAUAAUGCAGCCAAUGUUUAUCAACAGCCAAAACGUCCAGUACCGCCGAUACCGCCAACGCGCGGUCAAAUUAGUUUCGAUCAUAAUAUCAAUAAUGGUACGCAAAUGGAAGCAACAUCGUCCGCGUCGAAACCACCAACAGCACUAAGUGUUCGGAACAAGCUUGGUAAAAAUAAACCUCCCCCUAUCGUUUACCCAAAACUACAUCAACGGCAGGACUCCAAUUUGUCCAGUGACAGUUUUUCCGUCACUUCCAGUCCUGGUUAUAACUCAAAAAAUCUUAUGGAUGUACCACUACUUCAGAAUGCUGCACGUAUCAAUAAGAGCAGUGCGGGUGCGGGAUUGGGUAUGGGUGUUCCGCAUCAGGAUUCAGUGGAUGGUUUUAAUUUAAAUGGAUCACGAUUUGCUGCGCUAACAUCCAGUGGAAUGGGAAAUCCUGUGCUACCACCUCCACGUAACAAAUACAGCUGCCGUCAGGAUUCCAAUAUUUCCAGUGAUAGUUUCAGUCAAACAUCCAGUCCAAGUUACAAUACAAAGCAAAUGGAAGCUCCUUUAUUACCCUCGCUCUCUGUAAAAAGGUUGUGCGGCGUUCCAGCGCCAAUUGUUUAUAAACAAAAACUGCAAAAUGAAACCAUCGAAGAGAUGGAACAAUCGGUUCCUAUGUCGCCACUUACCAAAUGCGUGUCCACUCCGGCUAGCCUACAAACAAUUGUACGAUUCCAAAAUGGAGCGCCCAACACGAUGUCACUACAGCAUCAGCAGAUUAUCCAUCGUCGCAAAAGCUCCAAUCCUUAUAUCACCAAUGGUCGGCUGAAGUUUCGCCUCUGGCAAGUAUUAGUAAACGCAUUCGCUUUAUUGGUGAUUGCUGGUGGCUUGGCGGCAUAUUUCAAUGCCUAUCCAACCAUAAAAUUCGUCAACAAAACGAUUAUAAACACCGUCCAUGUGGAGGAUACUUCGAUUUAUGGAAAGAACCCCGCACCCGGUACUUGUUUACCUAUCAUAGUCAAGUUUUGUCAAGGUCCACAAAUUCCCUACAACUACACCGUGUUCCCCAAUUACAUUGGACAUUUCGGGCAACUGGAAACUCAAGUGGAUCUAGAUGCCUACGAUGCACUGGUAGAUGUGCGAUGUUACGAAUUAGUCUCACUAUUUCUCUGCACCCUAUUUGUACCCAAGUGCGGUUCGACCGGAGCAACUGUGCCACCAUGUAAAACCUUGUGCACCGAAACUAUGCGUCGUUGUGGUUUCUUCUUUGAUGUGUUCGGCCUCAGUUUACCUGAAUAUUUGAAUUGUAAGCUCUUUAAAGAUUUCGAAAAUCCCGAAGACUGUGUUGGCCUCGACCAAGUGCGUGAGGUGAUGAUAGCAUCGACGAAUCCCAAAUGUGAUGGUUUUCAGUGUGAUCAAAAUCGCUGCUUGCCCAAAGAUUACGUAUGCGAUGGUCAUUUGGAUUGUAACGACCAGACAGACGAAGCCAAAUGCGAACGGUGCCAAAAAGAUGAGAUCUAUUGUGGCGAUGAUCGUUGCAUAGGUAUAAAUCACGUAUGCGACGGCGUAAUAGACUGUCCCUAUGGGCAAGACGAACGAAAUUGCAUUCGUCUAAGCGAUCGUAAUGGCGAUUUAGGUAAAGGCAUGUUGGAAUUCUAUCGUAUAAGCACACAAAUGUGGACGCCAGCUUGUGUUAAGAACUGGGAUCGCGCGGUAUCUCCUUCAGCCGUAUGCUCUAUGUUGGGUUACAGUGCCGUUAAUGCCACGAGUGUGGUAACACUCAAAACACACCGAUCGCUUAUGGCAUCCAUAAAUGUAUCGACUGAUAUUUGGAAUAUGUAUGCGAAGAAACAUUCAAAUUUGAUGCAGGAAUUCUCAAGUUGCUCGCCCGAUGAGGAUUAUCCAGUUGCUGAAUUAACUUGUGCAAAUUACGAGUGCGGAAAAGUUAAACGUGGACGCCACAAACCAUCUCGCCGCAUCAUUGGUGGCUCACAGGCCAAUCCAGGCACUUGGCCAUUUUUGGCCGCAAUUUUAGGAGGGCCCGAAAAAAUAUUUUACUGUGCGGGAGUUCUAAUUUCCGAUCAAUGGGUGCUUACAGCGUCGCAUUGCAUAGGGAAUCAUACCGUCAUUGACCUUGAAGAUUGGACCAUACAACUUGGUGUAACGCGCCGAAACUCUUAUACAUACACGGGGCAAAAGGUUAAAGUCAAAACAGUUAUACCACAUCCGCAUUACAAUACCGUAAUCACACAUGACAAUGACAUAGCACUAUUUCAAUUGGCCACUAGGGUCGCAUUCCAUGAGCAUUUAUUGCCUGUUUGUCUGCCGCCACCCGGAAUUAAACUCAAGCCGGAUCAAAUGUGCACAGUGAUCGGUUGGGGAAAGCGGGACAAUAAAGACCCAAAAUCCACAUACGAACCAAUUGUCAAUGAAGUGCAAGUCCCGAUUAUUGGUCGUCAGCAAUGCGAUGUUUGGCUUGAUAAUCUAACAGUAUCGGAUGGAAUGAUAUGCGCCGGCUACGAGGAAGGAGGAAAGGAUGCUUGUCAGGGUGAUUCCGGAGGUCCGCUCCUCUGUCCUUAUCCGGGUGAAAAGGAUCGUUGGUUUGUGGGUGGCAUCGUAUCGUGGGGCAUAAUGUGUGCACAUCCGAAAUUGCCAGGCGUAUAUGCGAAUGUGAUUAAGUAUGUGCCGUGGAUACAGGAGCAAAUGGCUAAAUAUUCAAAACCUGAAAAUGAAGAGAAGCUGUCUAAAUAUGAUGCACAUCCAGGCGGACCAGAUAUUCUGUCAAACAUAGCAACUGGACCAGUACGCAACAAAAAACCAUAUCACAAUCAGAAUCGGAGUCCAAUGGACAUUGAUUACUACGACAAUUAUAAGAAAACCUAAAUUAAACAUUUAAGUGAAAGUGAAAGAAAUCAGCACAAGAAAGGCAUUAAAUUGUAAGUUUGGUAUUCAAUAUAUAUUAUUACUUAUACCAUAGCGUGAAGGAAGGCAGUCAAAAUAUACGAAAAUAAGUAUAUUGAAUUUUGAUAGACAAUAAUACAUAUAUACUAUAUGUAAAUUAGACAUAGAGAAAAAUUUCUACAAAGUGUUAGACAAUAUAGUUUAGUUGCGAUUCGUUUGUAUUUAACAAACAACAAAUAUAUAUUCAUAUCCUUGUGGCAUAUUGCCAUUUGAAAAAUGGAAUAUGUUUACAUAAAAAAUUAAAUUUAGGCAAAGAGUGUAUAACAGCUAUGCUUAUACAAGUACUACAAGUUUUAUGUAAUACAUUAGUAUUAGGCGGCAAAGUGUUGAGGGGCAAUACCUGUUACCACCAUGCACACAUAUUAAGCGAACAAGUCAAUUUCCGAAUUUAAAUGUCAAUUGGACACAAAGUUCACAGCGUUUUCUUGAAGGGAACCGUUUAAAUGUGACAAAAUCCGUAAGGGUCUACGAAAUACUAAUACAUACAUACAAACAUACAAUGGACAACAAGUUACAAAAAGUAUUUUAUAUUUAUACACCAUGUGUAUAUACGAGUAUGUAGUUUAUUAUUACCGCUUAAAGUUUUACACCAUAUUUUCAUUUUAACAAAUUAAUAUUGACAUAUCUUUCAAGUUUUACAUAGUAUUGUAAUGAAUGAAGUGGAUACUUAUGCUGCGACAGCAAAGAUGCAAUUGACGAUUAUGAUUUAUUUUCCUAUAUGUAUAUGCACAUACGUAUCUACUUCUCCUUCUCUUAUCAAAGAUAACAUUUGACAUGUAUGUUAGUGUGUAUGUGCCUGUGCGGCGACUCAAAACGGUAGUAAUAAAAAAAAUUAUUCUAAUUUGAAACAUACCCACUCAAAUAUACACAUACACACACUUAUAUAUAUAUGUAUAUAUAGGUAUAUAUGAAAUACUUAUACACACACAUUUAUAUGCUACAUACAUAUAUGUAAACGUGAAAUUGUUACAUGUCUAUGAAUGAGCAAAUGUACACAAAAAACACAUUUGCAUAAAUACCUACACAUAUGCAUAUGUACAUACAAAAGUUAUGAUAAGAAAAUAUUUUUUAUAAGCAAAUGGAAAUAUAUAGUUAAUUUUUAUAUGUGUAUACGUAUAAACUGUGCAAAAAAGCUAUUAUCCUUGCAAAAAUACCACACAAAUUAUUAAAGAAAAUACAGAACACAUGAAGUAAAUUAGUUAAUGUAAGACGCAGAAACUGCAUACAUACAUAUAUUAUACAAAGUAGUGAGGUAUGUAGUCAAUGACUGUAAUAUUGUUGUGUGAGCAAAUGUUCAAAAAUAAUUAACUAUUGUAUAUUAAUGGAAAUAAGCUAAUAAGUAGAAAAGUUACAUAAACCACAUGCAUUCAUACUCUACGCACAUCCACACAAUCAUAUGUAUGUGUACCUAAAUCGAACAUAUAUACGCGUUGUGCUAUCUGAAUGAAUUAUGCCUAUUAGAUGUGUGAACUUUGGAUGUUAAUAAAAAUUGAGACAAUAAAAUAAAGUUCAAAACCAAAGCGGUGAAAUGGAAUGCAACAAAUAAAGACAAUGUACCGAAGACAAUAAAUUUGUAAUUCGUAGAAUACCAUAAGUUGUAUUAUAUAAUAAGGUGGAGUGAUGAUUUUAAAUAUUUUUAUACAUUAACAGAUAAUUUGCGUACAUGCGCACACGCAUGGCUGAGGCCAAAAAAAAAUUUAAAAAUAGCGAUUUUUCAUUUUAAAAUGCGAAAAACAAUUGAAAAUUUAUUUUUGCUAACAAUGGUACGGUAAAUAACUAAAUUUGUAAGCGAAUACCAACAUUAUGCUGAGAGAAUAAUUUAAAUUAUUUGAAGUACGAAUCGCUUUUUAUUUUUUUGUCCGUGAAAAAAUGUUACCAUUUUUUUUUUAAUUAAAAGUAUGUUUUUAUGAAAAUAUUAUUUUCAAUUAAACGACAAUAAAACAAACAUAAAUUAAUUGUAACACACGAAUAUUAGUGCGACGUUUUGUUGUAAGCUUCUAUUUAGUAAAAUUAUAAAAAUAAAGAGAAAAACUAAAUGAAAUAUAUGCAUGGGUUUCAGCUUUAACAAUAUGAAAUUAAUUAAAUAUAUACAUGCUGUCUAUAUAUACAUACAUACAUAUACACGAUAUAUAUAAAUGCUAAUUUAGCCAUACAUACAUAUACUUAUACUAUUUACAAUUAGAUGUUAAUGUAAUUACAUAAAAGAAAUACAUAGUAUCAUGUGGAGCUGCAACCACAGUCUAUAAGUAAUAAACAAAGCUGAUUUUUACCUCACUCAACCACAUAUUUUUACGCACGAAUGACGUUAUACAUAUGUACAUACAUUUUACAUACAUAUAUAUUAUAAAAGGAACUAUUAAAUGCAAUUUUCCAAGGAACAACUAACAGCAACGUAUACGAGCACACAUAUGAUACACUAUGGUGACCGAUUAUUUUUUGCAAACAUCCACUGAAGUUUCAGUUUUUGCCCUAAAAAUAUGAUUUCUAUUUUCUUUCGCAUAUACAUAUUAAUAAGGGAUUUUUUAUCUUUUGCAUUCAAUUUUUAUCUUCAAAACAAAUAAACCUACAGGUUAUCCUAAUACAAAAUUUGGCGCCUUACUUGAAAAGUUAUACGCAGUUAAAGUUAUACAUCAAAUCAAUUGAUGACUUCAGCAUGCAUACAGGUACCUUAUAAAUUCUCUGUUACUUAUACGGCACGUUGUACUGAAUUCAUGCACAGCAAACUUGUAUGAAUGAUGAGUACACUUGAUGUCUAAUUUCAACAGCAUAUAACUUUUAAAGGGGGGAUUUUAUGUAUAUGUGUAAAAAUUAUCAUAAAUCUUUUUGUAGAGCGAUAAAUUUUGUAUUUGAAAUAAGUGAAAUCAAGGAAAUUUAUUUUUUAUUUAUCUUAUUUUUAAUUGACUUUUCCGCUUCUUAUCUGUUUUGCCUGGCUGAAAUUUAGUUAAGAAGAUUCAUACUAUUGUAUGCAUAUGUGAACGUAUGUAUGUAUGUUUUCAUAUAGAUUGUACAAGUGUAUGUAGACAUGUAUGAAAUGAAGUGCACAUAUACGCACAUUCACACAGCUUUAUAAUUUCGAACGAAGUGUUGUAUACUUGAAUUUAUAUAUACACAAACAAAUAUAUGUAUAUUAUGUAUAAACCAUACAUAUACAUAUACUAUAUUCUAUAAUACAUGCAAAAUUUGUGGUAGAAAGAAUAUAAAAAGAAUGUGAAUAUUUACUAUUUUAAAAUAUGUGGCGCAAAUUUCAAACGAUUUAUGGCAAAUAACAAAAUAAAAAUAGAUUGUUUGUUUGUGAUUAAAUUCCAUGCUGAAUAUAGACAUACAUACAUAUGUAUGUCUGUAAGUGGGACUAUAUACAUAAAUAAUGUACGAAGCAUAUAACCAAUAAAAGUAGGAGCCAGACACACCCAUACAUAUUUACUUAUAAGGGCGGUAUAUUUACCAGCAUAUAUACUGUUUGCUAUCACACAACUAAUACUCCAAUUAGCGCAAGUACUAUGUAUGAAUAUUUAUACCCUUAGCAAAGAAUUACAAUAUUGUAACUAAAGUAUAAUAUAUCAAAAGUACAUGUUUGUAUGUUAGAAAUUGUAGACAAAAUUGAGAAAUGCGUGCAGCAAAAGCUUACCAUGCAUGUUUUAGAGAUUAAAAAACAUUAAAUAAUAUACAAAAAAAAA